GUUCUUACAUCGUCGGAUGCCAUCGGUGGGGGAUGGUUUAAGCUUCAGUCAGAUAAGAGAGUCGGCCUGAGGAUGCAGUGCAUGGUCGAGCUACAUUCAUGAGCGCGGCGGUCCACCACAAACGUCUUAGACUCGUCGGAGACCCACUGGAGUUUACUGAUUCAUGGUUUUUUUUUAGUGGUGGGAGUUUCGGCCGUUGCUUGGUAGAUUUGUCGUCGGUUUGUGUUGGUUGCUCGGGAGACGUCUGAGAGAACUCUUGAGAGGGGCUGGAGUGAUGGGAGGACCAUCCUAUCUUAGAUUAGUCGAGGAGAAGUCCUGAGGACGCACGUCUGGCAACAUUUUCCAUCGGAACAAUCAUGAUAUUUCGUCUGAGUGAGAUAUUUCUGAGGUAUUUUGUCUGAUUGGCGUCAAACAUGUCGGAUCAGGUAGCAGCUAAGACUUGCGUCGACCCACCGCCUUGCCCUGCCCUGACUUUUUCAAAUCCUUGGGCUCUUUGCCUCGCCAACUCCGCCAUGAGAAGGGACUCAAAGUCCUCCGCUAAGAAGAAGGACAAAGCUGAAGCGAGCUCGCCAAACUCUUCUCCGUUGAGAACCUGGCGCGGAAAGCUGGGACUUGUCAAACUUUUUCUACGUAAGGCGCAGCCAUUUUAUUAUCUUGAGCUCACUGGAGAUUUUGUCAGUCUGUCGGGUCCGAGGCUGCUCCUUCCUUCGGGCCAACAAAAUGGCCACGGCGCUGGGAACAGAUCCCUUGAGUUCUUCAAACAGGAGCUCGGCAUGAAGCAUUUGGAAGAGAACAGCGAGAGAUCUUCUCCGACUUCCUCCCAUGUCAGGUCGGACAAUGAGGUUGCCAUGGUGUUAAAAGGAGGCGAGCAAGGCCCUGGGACGGAGGAGCGUUGCCAUCAUCGGAGCCACAGGAACUAUGAGCAGCUCAGGGGAGAGUGUAAGAAAGCCAUUAUGCAGCUGGAGCUCCUCAAGAGGCAGCAUUCGGACGUGGUGGAGAAGUGUGACCAGGCCAUCAAGGAAGCGGAGUACUACAAGAACAAGUAUCGAGGCUCGACCGACACCUCCGACCAGCUCCGGAUGGAGUUCCAGACUAAGCUGAGGGAGUAUGCUGAGCUGCGCGCCGACUGGGAUCAAGCGAAGGGGGAGAUCAUUGACUUGAGACGAACUCAUGAGGACGACAUGAAUGAGCUGUCGGAACUCCGGGUUCAGAACCGGGAGGUGAUGAACCAGCGUGGCUCGUCAGAAGUCCUGAACAAGAUGUACGACACCGCAUGGGAUAAGUACGAAGGCUUGAGGCGAGAGUAUGAGGUGUUGAAACAGAGGAACGCUGACUUGACGUCUGCGCAGAGUGUUUCAAACUUCAGCAUCGAGAGGAUGGAGGAAGACUUGAAGAGGUUAAAGGGACAGGUGGAGACCGCGUACGCGGAGCGGGAUCAGGUUCAUACGGAGCGUAAUGCGCUAAAGCAGCAGUGCACGGCGGUUAUCCGGAAGUACGAUAAUGUCCUACGGGAGAUGGACGAGACUUUACAGAGCAAACAGCUCGCUAAUCAGAAGUACGAGAAGAGCCAACGGGAACUGAGUCACAUGAAACACAUCAAGCACGAGAUGGAGAAGGAACUGAAGCGCGUGUCGGAGGAGCGUAAUGCGGCGGUGCGCGAGUACACGUUGGUGAUGAGCGAACGCGACGACGUGCAUAAGGAGAUGGAGAAGCUGCAAGAGGAAGCCCAGACGGAGGGCUCCCGCCGGAGGACCAUCGAGGAGAAAUACAAGAACAUCUUAGCCAUCAAUGAUGCCCUGAAGGGAAAGAUGUAUGUGAUGAGCAAAGAGCGGGAUCACGCCCUUAGGGAAUACAAUGAACUGAGCGACCGCUAUCGAGACAUCAUCAACAACACGGCGCUGGCACAGAAAGAGCGCGACAAAGCCCUCUUUGAGUUUGAUAAAUUCAAAGAUGAGCGAGACGUCGCCAGGAUGGAACGCACGGAAGCCUUGGACCAACGGGACAAGCUUCUCCAGCAGUGCUACGACGCUGUCCAACAGCAGAAAUCCAUCAGCUACGACUACGACCUGGCCAAUCGGGAAGCAGAGGUCCUCCGCCGGAAUCUCGACACCGCUGAGAAAGAGCUGAAGGAGGUGCAGUCUGAGACGGAUGACGCCAAGCGCCAGCGAGACCGCGCAUUCCAGGAGAGGGUCAAGAUCAUGAUGGAGAGGGAGAGCAUUCGGACUUUGUGCGAUAAACUCCGACGAGAGCGGGACAGGGCGGUCAGUGACUUUGCAGAGGCCCUGCGGAAUCUUGACGAUGUCAAGAGGCAACGAAACGAUGCUGCCAAGCAGCUCAAGGAAACGAAGGAGAAGAUGCAGAAGCAGACGGAGAAAGAGAUGCAUGCUGGGAUGAAGAAGCUCAUCCUCCAUCACAGCCACGACUCGGCCAUCGAUGCCGACUCGCAGGAGUGGGAGACGGAGACGGUUGCCAUAGAAACAGAGCAGGAGGAUGGUGACGUGAGUGUUCUCGGGUUUGAUUUCGGCGACAGCAAAGAUCACACCCAGAUCCCGGACGACUGUUCACUAAUUAUAACUAAGGUUGACAAAGGAAGCCUGGCUGAUGGUCGACUCAAGGUUAACGACUGCGUGCUGAAAGUGAACGACAUCGACUUAACAAACGGAGAUCGAUCGAUUGCCCUGCAGGCCGUCAAGAAAGCAAGAGGUGUCAUCAAUAUGGUCGUUAAGAGAAGGCGUGCCUCUGGGGCCAAGUUCUGCCCAGUCACCUUGUUCCUGACCAACAAAGACCACGGAGUGACAGUGGAAUCUGGCAUCUUCGUCGGCCGGAUAGAGCCAGGUUCAAUAUCAUCAAAGGAGAGCGGUCUGAUGGUUGGUGAUCGCUUAAUUUCGAUCAAUGGUGAAUCAGUUGUCAACAAACAGGCAAAGGAUGUUGAGCAGAUGUUGGACACGGUCGGCGAUGCCAUCACCCUGAACGUGAUGCGUGUCUCCUCCCCCUCCUCAUCUACCGGGCUUCCCUCCAAUGCGAGCCCCACUGUGGAGUCGUUCAAGAGCCACGAGACGCUCUCCUCAAAGUCCAGUCUGACGCCGUUGCUCUCCCCGUCGGAACUGAGCGAACGCUCCGAGAAGGAGCUAGAGCGAGCCAAGAGCGCCAGGAACAUCAGCAUCCAGACGGAGACCAACCUACCCCUGUCGCCAGCUUCCCCGUUGUCGCCAGCUUCCCCGUUGAGACGUCCCCAGGACCAGAUCCCUUAUGAAGAUAAGGUGAUCCAGAAUCCCCAUUUCCAGAGUUUGGACUACCCGACUAGAGGUCAGGGCAGUCUACCCUCGUCUCCCGACUGGCAGAUCCUGAAAGAACCUGUGCAGUACUCUAAUAAAAGGCCCCACACCAACAGUGAACCUGGUCGCAGACCUGAGGUCCUGAACAGUUGGGACAACGGACAGGUCCACCAGCAACAGUGCAAUCAUGAAAAACCCUGGGCGUACCCGCCCCAGGAGCAUUCUCGCCAGAACUCACAAGACUUUAACCCCCACGCCGAGGACUCCCGCGACAGUGUCAGACACUCGCGGGAGGGAUCCUUUGCGGGGUCCUCCCACUCCCGGCAGAGCUCUAGGGAGUCAUCCGGAAGGCAUUCCAGUCACCACGCCUCGCACAGCAGCCGUGAGAGCUUUCGGGAGAACAAGCGACCGAGUUCCUACGAAAUGAGAGACCACGAGGGUCACGCCUCUCCCCACAUUUCGCACAAUACCAAAGAGAAUCCUUACAGGUCGCCGCCGCCGUCGAAACACGUCAGCCACAAAAAGCAAGACUCAAAGGAGAACUUUCCACCACAAAAAGCCACUUUCGUUGGCCCACAGGAGUACAAGACCUCCCCAGCCAUGAACAUUAUCCGACGGGAACGCGACGGCAGCCCACGGGUGGACCCUUACACAGAGCGUGGGGAGUUUUAUCGCGGUGGUGGUCACGCAGAGCAGCAUAAGGAAAACAGCACCUGGCCGAAAUCCAGAGGCCCUCCAGAGGUCUACCUCGCCAAUCGGAAAAAACAGAAGCGUGAAACUACCAUUCCAGUGAUGAACCCCUCUUAUGAGAAUGUGCAAAGUGAUCGUAAAGGAGACUUCGAGAUGGUUCCUCCAAAACCUCCCAGUCGCAACUCGUCUUUGAAAGCCUCCAUGAGGCAUAAGAGGUCCUCAUCGUCCUCGACCGACCACAGGGGCCAAGGGAUGCCCGAGACCAACCCCCAAUCGCAUGGACAAUCAGUACCGAAGCUCUCGAGUCAAACUCACAGGGCGUCGUCACCCAACCGCGAUUUUAACGACGGGGUGAAUAAGAACAAUAACCGGGAUACGCAGUCCUCAGGGUUGCAUUACCCAGCAGGGUCCCUACCAGACACAAGUGUGGAUUACAGCGUCGUGAGCGCGCAGCAGACUGCCCAAGUCUCCACGCAAUUCAGACCCAUCUCAAGCCCGUCGAUUGCCCACGGCCAGCACCACGCCCCGGAAUCCAAAAGUGCAAUACGCAGGCGUGUCCAGCGUCCAACACAGCUAGAACUUGCCUCCUACUCCCCAAUCACGCCGCCGCCCCACAGCGCCGGAGUCCGACCCUGGGAGAACCACCCCCCAUCCUCAAUGUCGCAACAGUUUGAGUUUCGCUCGCAGCCUGCGGUGACCCACGUCGUCCGUCUCCAGAACUCGGUCCCCUGCUUCAAAGUUCACAGUCAGGCGCUGAACAAUUCCAACCGACCAGGCCGUCCGGCUCAUCCUCCAAUCUAUAUGCCGCCGUACGCUUCGUCAAACCAUUCAAUUUCUUCCUCGUCGACCCAAGAUGAAGAGCGCUCCCCAUCCCGGGCUUCGCUGCCAGCCACCCCGAGGAGCUUCCAGAACGACAGCCGGAGGAACUCUAACCAAAGCUUUGACUUUGAUCCCCCUGCCCGGUCUGGCUACCCUAACGCCCAGGAAGGGUAUGACACGUUUCCAAAGAAGAGGGAGAAGAGGAUUUGGAUGACUCCUGUUUAUCAUCUCAGUCCGGGACCUUGCUUAUCGACAGGAUCCGUUGAGAAAGGAUCUGUCUCUCAGUCCAGCUCUGGUGGAAGGGACAGCCCGAUCUCCCUCAGUCUGCACAGCACCUUCUCUGUCAGUUCCUCCGGCCGAGGUUCCGUCAGCUCCUUCUCAGAGCCGGGGGUCAGCGUGACUAGAGAGUGUGAAGGCUCCAUGACUCGCAUCAUCGAGAUUGAGAAGAGCACAGAGCCGCUCGGUAUCCGAAUCAUCCGAGGUGAUCGAGGAGGUAUCAUUGUUCAUACAGUCACUCCAGGCAGUCUGGCAGCGAGAGCUGAGCUACAGUACGGAGACCAGAUUCUAGAGUUUAAUGGACUGAACCUUCGACAAGCAACGUACGACCAGGCGGCCAUCAUUCUAAGCCAGGGCGGUAACAGCAUCAGCAUGAAGGUCAUACAGAAAAUGCAGCGUCAUUCUGUUUGUGACAGCGAAGACGUCACCCCAACCUCAACACCAGGACACAACUCCCCCUUGCCAAGUCGUCCUCAAUCAGAGGUCUGCUCCGAUACUGGAACUAUGACACCCCCAACGCCAAGAGCUAGCCGAAUCUACAGGUCAGUAAACCCAUGCGCCCCCAAGGAUGAGAAUCUGCCAUCGCCCAGCGAGCCGCGCUUCGUAUUCCUGGAGAAGAGUGGUAACAGCCUUGGCGUGGGAGUCUUCGGCGGGAACGCCGUGGGGAUUUUCGUCUAUGAGGUCCAGCCUGACGGAGUGGCGGCCAAACCCAACGGCCUCCAAGUUGGUGAUCAAAUCCUAGAGUUUAAUGGUGUUGACUUGCGGUGUGCAACGGCAGAAAAAGCAGCUACCGAGUUACAGAAACCUACAGAGAAGGUCACCAUCCUGGCACAGUAUAACAUUGGAAAGUUCAACAAGGUGCAGGAUCAGCAUGGUGACUCCCUGUACAUCCGCGCCAUGGUGGAUUACCAGUCUGAGACGGACGACCAGCUAAGCUUCAAGAAGGAUGAUAUACUGUAUGUUGAUGACACCAUGUAUAACGGCAUGCUUGGCGUCUGGACUGCUUGGCUCUUAGACCCCUCUGGAAAGAAGACUACAUGUGGACAGAUCCCCAGCAAGACUCUGCUUCAGAAGGACCAAGCUCGUAAGCGCAGCAUCUCCCAAGGCCUGCAGGAAGAAGAGCUCCGUAGCGCCUCAUCGAGACGGAACGCCGUCCCCGCCCGUCGAAGUCUCUUCCGUCGCAAGAAACACCAUCGCAACAACUCGGACAGCAAAGAGCACAGCGAGGGAUCCGUGACCGAUGUUCCUAUCCAAGAAGAAGCUGUCAUGCCGACGUACCUACGAGUCGAGCCUCUGGACUUUCACAUCAAGCGACCGGUGGUUCUACUCGGGCCUCUCUCUGAUCGAGUAGCCGCUAAGAUCGUUGAUGAGUCGCCGGAUAAAUACAACAGAUGCAGACCAAAAACAGUUCGGACGUCCUCAGAAAUCAUGCAGAAGGAUCUUGAUGAUAAUGUCUACGUAGACUACCAGCGCCGAGACAGCCACUUUGAAUGCAUCCAGUCUGCCGCAGUCAAAGAAAUCACCAAAAAGGGUUGCCACUGUGUUCUUGAUGGUGUAUCUCCGUACGUCAGUGAGCGACUGCAGAUCCUUCAGCUGUAUCCAAUCGUUGUAUUCAUCCGCUUCAAAUCGGCAAAACAAAUCAAAGAGCAGAAGGACCCUCACUACAUCCCAGAGAGGGUCACCAACAGACUUGCCAAGGAGCUCUUUGAACAAGCCCAGAAACUGGAGCAAGAAUGCCGACCACUCUUCUCAGAUGUCGUCGCAGGAGGAAAUCUUGCGAGUGUUUGCACAAAGAUCAAGAAGGUGGUAGAUAAGGAGCAACGUAAGACUGUCUGGGUUCAGUCCAUCUCUGGGCUCUAACCUUUGACGUCGUCUUGGACUCAUUUGUGUUGACCUUUAACCCAUGGUUCAAAUCCAUCGAACCGGAGAGGCUGUGUGUCUGAGACUUGAUUUAAAGGCAUAGCCGACCCACAUUUGAAAUACCUGUGCGCCAGUCGUAGAAACUUAUUCCACAGGUUUUGGGUUUUGGCUUCUCUACCAAGCUGUAGGAUUCUGUAACGAGUUCACGGUCUUGCGAUCCUCUCAACUUGUAGCAGAAAUAAAAUAAUGGUGGGAGAAUUUUCUACGCUUUCGCUGAAAUUAUUUUAAAAGUGAAAUAGGUAAGCAGCAGUUUUAGUUUCUUCACGUGGGAGUGGAACAAAGCUUCUUCUGUGUGGUUGCCAAAAAACUCGUUAACAGGAGACUCCUUUUUUUUUCAAGAGUGAAAGUUAUACUUCGGGAUUCUGAGAAAACAGAAUUAGCUGUUGCAAAAAAAUUACCAACCAAAACGACCGAUGGUAUAAAUGCAAAAAAAAUGUUUUAAAAUAUUACGACAUUUUCUCCAAGGCUCAAUGAUGACCGAGAUUCUGUUAGAAAAGUCCUCUUCAAUGUCAUGCAACACAAAGGCAGUCAAAUCAGUCGAACAUUGGUAGGAUUUGAAUUAGCGUGGCAAGAUAUUUGGAUUUUGGUUGAAACUUUAUCCUACCACAAACUUGUUCAUAAUGCCUGUCAUGUGAUGAUUUCUUGGGACUUGAAAUCACGUUCAGUGCAAGGCCUUGUCUCUGGAAUAGCGACUGCCCCUAAAUGAUGUCAUCCACACAGAGCACCAGACUUCUAAUCAGUUAUGCAUAUAUGGUAAUGCUCAACUCAAGAGGGCGGCAAACUGUGCAUAUAAAAUAUUCUUUUGUUUGGACUGAGCGCUAAACUGUUAAAGAUAGUGUGACUGCCACAAUGUAUUUAACUUUGUUUUUAAAAAUGUACCUUUUCUUUUGUAUUCGCUGUUACCUUUAAGUCUUCAAAUUCAAAGGUGUUCGCUUAAACGUUAAUGUUUUCAGCAUUUGCAAAAAUGUGAAUUUAACAAGAAAGCCAGAAAUGUUUGUGUAAAAUAGAAAGUACGUUGUACAUAUUUAACUGCCACAUGAUGAAAUAAAUAAGAAAGGAUCAAUUGCACUUCAGUACUGUGUAAAAUAGAAAUAAAUUGUAGUGGUUUUUUUUUUCCGUUAAUUAUUUAUUAGAUAUUAAGUGUUCUGGAUUAGGUGUAACCCGGACCACAUGAUUCAUUAAUUUGCAUAAUGUGGGGGGGGGGGGGGGUGGUUGGAGGAGUUGUUGUUUAUAACUGUGGUUAUGUGUAGCCAAUUUUGCAGCGAUGGCUACGAGGUAAUAUUUAUGGUUUUAAAAAAAGUUGGGUUUUAUUUAUACAACUUUCAAAAAGUAGUGAAUACUAUGCAUUAUUUUGUUUGACAUCUCGGUUGUUGUUUUUUCGUACAGGUCUAUUUUUCAAUCAUGUUCUUAUUGUUGUUAUUUUAUUUAUUACUCUUGUUGUGUAAUUAAGAAUGGUAUGAAUUGUAAGCAAUGGGUCUUGGCAGCAGGACCAGGGAAACCAGAGAGAUUUUCAAUUAUCUCAGAUUUUUUUAAUUUUUGAAUUGGCUUCUUAUCUUAUAAAUAUAUCUUGGUUGUUCACCCUUACACCGAUGAGUAUCAAAGACACUGGACACUUUAGGUUAUUACUCAAAAUAAUAUUUAGCAAAAAACUUACUUACGAGCAAUGGAGUAUGAUAGUAUAAAACAUUGUGAGAAAAGGCUUCCCUGAGGUAACUUUUAUCAGCACUUAACGACUCUUUCAUCAUCGACAGGAGUCUUCAUCUUUUUUUCCUGAAGACAAUCAGAGCAUACUGAUCGAAACGUCGUGUCAUGAACCACCGGUUCUUUUUAGAACCAACGCUCAAA